AUUCAUUCCAUAUCAUCAUUCAAUCGCGGCCCGUUUCGCAGUCCAGAUAUGCUCGGACGGCUUCCCCGCCGGUUCCGAUCCCGUGCCCUCUUGGCCUUAGUACUUCUCGGCGGUUGUUGGUUGGUGACUAUCUACUACUCACCGGUUCCUGAUGAAACCAUUCUGAAGAUCAUUCCGCAGUCUCAGACUUCUGCAGCCGCUUGGUGGAAACUAUGGUGGUCCGCUCCAGACAACUGCAAGAAAAACAAAAAUCCGCGACCCGAAUCCGAGAGAGUAGUAUUAGGAGAUAUUUACCCCAAACUGGACUUUGGUGUGCCCGAUAACAGGGGUAUCGGGAUCUGGAAUGAAACUCUCGAAAACCGUUAUCGCAAGAUAAGAGAAACGUGGAAAGAUUUACCGUUAAAGGUUAUCAUUGUUCCACAUUCACAUACAGACCCAGGAUGGCUGAGAACGUACGAUGACUAUUCCGAUAAUUAUGUUAACCACAUUUUGGACAACAUGGUUUUAUUUUUGAAUAAAACUGAAGACUUUAAAUUCAUCUGGUCAGAAAUUUCUUUUUUCUCCAAGUGGUGGCAUAGACAAAGUUUCAUUGUCCAGAAUAUGAUGAAAAGAAUUCUUGAAAGAAAGCAGCUGGAAAUAGUUACUGGUGGAUGGGUUAUGGCAGACGAAGCAACGACAAGUUAUUUUGCUGUAAUAGACCAGCUUGUUGAGGGUCAUCAAUGGUUAAACCAUUUCAUCAAAAUUAAGCCCCAAAAUGGUUGGUCAGUCGACGUUUUCGGUCAUUCAGCCACAAUGCCCUAUUUGUUAUCAUUGGCUGGUAUAUCAAACAUGGUUAUUUUGAGAGCACAUUACGCUAUUAAAAAAUUAUUUAGCUACAUGAAAUGGUUUGAUUUCUACUGGGAACAGCCUUUUGAUUCCCCGAGAGUUCUUUGUCAUAUGGCACCUUCAGAUUUAUACAGUUUCAAACAUGUAUGUGGCCCAGAUCCUUUCGUCUGCCUGAAAUUUGACUUUCGUCAAGUUGGAGGGGAAUACUCGGAGAGCACUUCUGAUGCAAUCACAGAGCAGAAUGUAGAACUAAAAGCAAAUUAUUUACUGUCACAGUAUGGAAGAUAUGCAUCUCUUUUCGAACACAACGUUCUGCUUGUACCACUAGGGGAUGAUUUCCGUUAUAAUGUCUAUAUUGAAUGGGUUCAACAGUAUGAAAAUUAUAAGAAAUUGAUGAAUUAUAUCAACAAUAGACAUGAUUGGCAUGUUGAAGUAAAAUUUGGAACGCUAUCUGAUUAUUUUCAUGAAGUGCAUGAAAGAUUAAAAACUAAUGUCUCAAAAUCUGUGCCUUCAGUUCAGGGGGAUUUUUUUCCAUACGCUGAUAUAUAUGUAAAUUCUCGCCCAUCAUACUGGACUGGUUUUUAUUCUACUAGACCUUUCUACAAAAAACUUGCUCAAGAACUGGAACAUUGGCUUAGAACAGCAGAAAUUCUUUAUUCCUUUGCGAAGACUAUUGUCGCUAAAAACUCUAUGAAUAUGCUGUUGAAAGAUUACAAUUCUUUGUCAUCGGCAAGACAACACCUGGGUUUAUUUCAACACCACGAUGCAAUAACUGGAACUUCUAAAGAAAUGGUUAUGUCAGAUUAUGGCCGUAAACUUCAUUCGGGUGUAAUUGAUGCAAUGUCUGUAGUAUCUCAUGCGAGUCAAUUUCUUUUAAUGGAAAAUAUUCAGAAUGGUAGAACUUGGACUUCUCAGAUUUUUCCGGAUGUUUACAGAGCAUCACAUACAGAAUCAUCUAAGAAGUUAUCGAUAGUCAUUUCAGAAAAUGGAAGAAAAAUCAUUGUAUUUAAUUCUUUAACAUGUAGGCGCACAGAAAUAAUACGUAUUAAAGUUAGAUCACCACAGAUCAAAGUUUUUGACUCUAUGGGAAAUGAUGUUCCCUCCCAGAUUAAUCCGGUGUGGAAGGAUUCUCUCGUUAUCUCUAACAGUGUAUUUGAACUUGUUUUUGCGGUCAGAUUGCAACCAUUAUCUUUUUCUACCUUUACGUUAGCUAAAAAUUUGCAAGAUAACUCUCUACACUCGACAAAAGCAGUGAUAUCCCUUUUUCUGAAGGACGAUGUAAUGUCACCACUAAAAAAUUCUGCAUUUAAAUUUGAAAAACCAAACGGUAGCGAUAUACUGGUAGAAUCCGCUAAACUUAGUGCAAGAUUUACGCGUAAUGGUAUUUUGAAGGAGAUUCACAUGAAAGAUGCUGGAGUUUCAAGAGAAGUUGGUAUUGAUUUCUAUGCAUAUAUUCCAAAGGAAUAUCAGAGUGGAGCUUACUUGUUUUAUCCUGAAUUCAGUGAAGCGAUACCUCUCUCUAACCUAAGUGAGCAUUUUCCAUUAUUGUGUCUCAUUCGUGGUUCUGUUGUAUCUGAACUGAAUAUUGUGUACUAUAACUUUUUAAAAUUUGCAAUACGUUUAUACCAUUUUGAAGAUGCUCCAGCAGGCCUGCAGGUGGAAAUUUCGUCUGAUCUUUCGAAGAUAAAUAAAGAUAUCGAACUAAUUAUGAGAAUUAAGAGUGAUCUAAAAAGUUCUGAUACAUUCUACACAGAUUCCAAUGGUUUCCAAAUGUUAAAGCGAAAAUAUCUACAUGAAUUACCAGUUCAAGGAAAUUAUUAUCCAGCAACGAAUGGGAUAUUUAUAGAGGAUGAGAAAUUUCGAUUAAAUCUUCUCAUUCCAUACAGCCAUGGUGUUACGUCACCUACGUCAGGUGUGAUUGAAGUUAUGCUGGACCGCAAAAUGCGAAAUGAUGACGGACGUGGUAUGGGAGAAGGUGUCGAAGACAACAGAUCAAUUUCGGCUACUUAUUGGCUUAUCCCAGAAAUAAUUGAUGCUAAAACCUUUCAAAGAAAUUUUCUAUCUCCUGAAGCGUUUCUGUUAUCCCUGUGUCUUCAAUACCCUCCUGUAACACUCAUUACUGAAAAUGCUGAAGCUCUGUUAAAAAGGCCCCACAUGUCAUUCUUAUCUUCACCAUGGCCCCUUGAUGUCCAUCUAGUGAAUUUGCGCAACCUGGCACUGGAAGAAAAUUAUACGAUUCCUUCAGAUAGCUCUUUAUUGAUAAUAUACGAUAGGAAUGAUGACUGUAAAGUAAAUAACUUCGCGGAACUCGUAUUUGAAGAAUUUAAUGUUGCCAUGUUUUCUGAAGUACAUGUUAAUUCAAUUGAAAAAACUACUCUGACCGGGACAGAAGAGGACAUAGUUUCUAUUUAUAGUUCCUCUUCAAAGCUUCGAGUUUAUAAAAUUACGUUCAGCUGAAACAAUGUAAAAAUAUAUUCAUAUAUGUAAGUAUGUACAUAUGUAUGUAUAGAAAGAAAGAAAUAGGUAGAUAAUAUGAAUGUAUUAAAUAUUCAUUUAUUACAUAAGAAACUUGGACCAAAUUAAAUCGUGAGGAAAAAUUUCUUAAAUAAGUUCCUGCAAAAAUCCAUGACUGAUUUAUAUAUUCUCAAAAGUGGUGAAUCUGGACAAAUGGGGAAAACUUUAGAGGCUGAUAGAAAGCAGCAAUACGAGCAAUAUUCGUCAUAGAAUGUAUGGCCGGAACGCAAGUGGUGAGAAGUUAAAGUGUACUUUUUUCACUGCCACACUUAAAGAAUUAACACAAUAAUGAGAGGAGAUACUUCAGAAAACAUUUUAUUAACAGAACAUGCUCACACAAAUUGCUCAUCCGCCAGCUGUAAUGCGGGUACAUUUGCGAAGAAAGCAGCCAUUUCCCGAAUAUCACCGGCAGAAACGGUGAUCCUGGCGACUAGAUCCAUAUUAGUUUUAAUGGGUCACUCGUAAAUUAGGCUUUUCAUAUAGUCCCACAUGAUAAAGUCCAAACACGCGAGAUCCGCUGCUCUUGGUGGCCAAGCUAUGGGACCACCUCGACCGAUCCAUCGCCCUGGAAAUUCCGUGGUUCGUAUAACCGGCAAUCCUUUUGGCGAUUCACGAUGGAAAAUGCCGUCGGGUGCGAAGACUUUGAUACAAAGGUGUUAUACAGAGCGUCUACUGCUGUUUCAGUACUUCCCUAUAAACUGAAAUUGUUCCACAGUGGGCCUUGUGAUGAAAAUAGCCUGACUGAAUCCGUACGUGGGGAAAAUUAUUUGUAGAAGAGAAGAAAAAGUCAGACGAAACCAUAAAGUUGAUCCCUUUAAGAUGACUUAGGAGAUGUAGGAAAGACCGAAAGCAGGUCGAAGAGAUGGCGCCAGAAGAUGAGGUGGUAAACGAAAUUCAUCUCUUGCUGUGAUACUAUUUCUCAGCGCGAACUUCAUCGCGCUCUUACCAGCACGUGAGAUGCCCCUUAACGGAGAUUCCUCGCGUAUGAGACCUUAUUUGGAUGCCGCUAAUGAACUAGAUGGGGAAGAAAAAAUAUAGGCCUUUGCCUGUAAUUACUGUGUUGCAAGAACACAGAGAUGUGAGGGUGUCAUAAUAUGCCCUAUGUAUGAUAUUUGUGUGUGAAAUCCCUACAUGAAACAAAAAUUGUCCCUUAAGGCUUUCAUGAAUAUCGCUUGCUGGGGACACGUUGACCCUUUUCAUGCCAUGUAUUUACAAUGCAACCCCUUUCCCCUAGCGGCUCGCCGUUUGCGUUACAACCAAACAUGCUGCGACAAAUAUUGCUGACAUGGCUGCCUUUUAUCAUCUUUAAAGUUUCCUCACUUGUUCAGAUUCACCCUGUAUAGGGAAAAUAAAGAUAAGACAUAAGUUUUGCUAUCAAGGAAAAGACAGUAGAUUGUAAAUAUGAAGAUAAGAUUUUUACAGUAUUUAUAAAAAAUUAUUCGUGCAAUAUUUCAGUCGUAGAAAUAAUUUAUUUAAAUGCCCUUAACUUGUAACUAAAAACUGUGAUAUUAAAAGUAAUUCUGAUGUUUUGCAUUUUUAAAUUAAUAAAGAACUUUUAAAUAUGAAAA